AUGUGCGAGUUCGAUGGACCGCCCCCUCGACACCGGAGGGCGCCAAAUGAGCGUGCGAAUCUCCCCCUCCUUCCACGCCACGUAGCGGCUGUCUUCCUUCUGUUACUUCUUCAUCAAUCCUCUGAACGGAGGGAGAGGCAUCGCCCAACAGACAGCGAACCCUACUGUGCUUGUGGGUCUGUCGCGGUCUCGGACGCGUCACCGGGCAUCUUUUCUGCUGGGUUUUUGCCGCGAUUUGACGCCAUCUUGGAUACUUCUGGGUUCCAGCUUCCGGCACUUCUAUUGCCUUCUCAGGCCCUGGAGCUCUCCAUGACCUCGCCUCUUGGAGAAGGGCGGCGUAGCAAACAGAAGACCGGCGGCGCUGCAGCGCAUGCACUGGGAGGUAGCGCUGCUUUGCUCUCACUUCCACAAUGGGGACCGCCAGCCCCGACUUUCCGUGGCUUAAGGCUCCCGGCUGAGCUUCACUUCUUCGUUCUGCAAGCCGGCGUUCCGGCCGACUUCCCCGAAGCCCGGCUCACCUUUCCAGAUCGGGGUUUAGUGCCUGACGAGAGCGCCGUGGAAUUCAGAACUGACGGUGAAAGGCGGGCCUUGCGCAGCGCCGCCGUCACAGCGCCGAGAGAGAAGGACCGUGCAAGUCUUUCAGCCUGGAUGACAGGCAGGGGGAGCCCGUAUGCGCUUGAGGUCUUCUCGUCUGUUGCAAGCGUGCGGCCUAUCCCAGGCAUCCUACGUCACUCCCCGACGAACGUGGAUACUGCCGAGGGAGCGUGCGACGCGUCUGCGUAUGGAGGAAAUCUAGAAACAAACGUAGUGCGUCAUAGAACGCCGCGAGACAGCCACCUCCCCGCAGUCCGCCUCGAACUCGCCGAGCGACGCGCGCCUUUCUCGGUUGCAACAGGCGAGCGCCGCGGCGAAGGGCUUUGGAUGUCGCCUCAUGCUGUUUUGCCGGUGGCGCAUGAGCAGAGAAGGAAAAAGUAUUUGAGGCGAGUACCGGACGCUCAUGACGACGCCGGUAUGGCGAGGAGGGCGCUGAGCGAAAGCGACGGUUUCUUCCAUAUUGUCCUCGGAUCACGAGCGAGUGCUAGUGGCAGCAGAGUAGCAAGGCAUCGCACCGAGCCUAUGGCGUCGUCGUUCAACUCAGCGGGCUACCAAAGUGACAGCAGCAGGGAAAUGCGCCAAUAUCUGUGGCGUAAGGAAGCAGGGAAGCGCCCUGCAGCUGAAAGGCAUCCACAGCAGGAUGCGCUUGCACGAAUGCAAGCACCGAGGUCUGGUCCUGCUAGCAGUGAUACAGACACAAAAACGAGAGACACGGCUCCUGAGGGUCGUCGUUCGGUGAUUGCCGGUUCCCUGAAUCUCUUGCGCGCCUUGUGGAACCUUGCUCGCACUACGGCGCACGCCUUUGGAGACCUAUUAGCAGUAAUCAUCACCGAGCUGGCUCACUACACAACAGUCAACUCGGCGUUGCUGUCCGACGCCGACUACGUAUCAGGAUGGCCACGCCCUGAAAGUGGGCUAUCCUAUGUUUCCUCCACUCGACCUGGCACGAUCUUAGGUCAGGCAGCAGUAAGCGAAGUGAUGCUCUGGGGCGGAAUGAGCUAA